UCUUGAGGAGUCUUCACGACACGUCGCCUUCCCAUAGCACUGUUACAACACAAAUCACUUGCUUGGCGGGUUCUUCUUUUAUGAAUGAAGGUGUGGUUACGUCACUCCCUGUUUCGCAUGGUACAAACGAGCUGCCGUCGAUGCGGCAGCCAUCGCAACGGUAAUUUUUGCCGGGAAAUGUAUACGGACACGUGCUUCGCAUUGCACGUAGGUGCAGGAGUACCGUAUCAAUUAUGUGAUUUUGAUGGUUGUUUUGACCAUGUCCAUUUUAAAACCAUAAGCUGUUCUGUAUGUUGUAUGCGUGAUUGCAAAGAACAUAUACGCUGUUGGCUUCAUUUUGUUGAGUGCUCGUAGUCUGCCUUAAGGGGCUAUGAGGAAGGAAGGAAGGAAAAAGUGGAGAAGGAAGGCAGGGAGGUUAACCAGUUUAGCCAGUUAAACCAGUUUAGCCAGUUAACCAGUUUAACCAGUUAAAAAGGGGCUAUGAGCCAUUGCAAUUGGGGUAUGGGCUACUGAUGAUGAUAGUUCUCAGUCAACGCAACGCCAGAAAAAAAAAUUCCGAGAUCCUAGCAAUAGACACGUUCGAUGUAAAAGAAAAAAAAAGUGAGUCGCUAUACAAAUGAGAUGGUGGUAUAUGCUUUAUAGCGUUUCUGUAUACUAACUUGGUCUACUUACGUAUUGCUACAUAGGUACUAAAUUUGUUUUGCUGAGAAAUUUGCUGAUUUAAACGUUUAUGUUGAGAUCCUCGACACCGGAGAUAAAUUUGCUGUUCGAGGUCAUGGGAACGCAUGGAACUAUUGAAUCUGUGCAGCGGACUGCAACGUAUAGCUUAAGGAUUCUGUGGCCUGGAGGAGUCAUACCAUACAUCAUCGAUGCUACACUUGGCACACCUCAAAAUGUCAAAAUAAUCAAGAAUGCCAUGGACCAUAUCGAGAAGGAGACGUGUCUACGCUUCGUUAAACGAACCAACCAGGCAGACUAUGUCCGUCUUGUAUCCAAAGAAGGGUGCUACUCGUACCUUGGUCGCACUGGCGGCCAGCAACCGUUGUCCUUGGGCCGCGGCUGCCUCUACCACGGCACAGUGACGCACGAGCUGAUGCACGCGGUGGGCUUCUUCCACGAGCACACAAAUCCCGAGAGGGAUCGCUACAUCGAGGUCUUCCCAAAAAAUAUUAUAAAGGAGUUCCUGCCACAAUUUCGGAAGCUGGAGCCUGAGGACGCCCUAUUGCUGACACCAUUCGACUACGACUCGGUUAUGCUGUAUGGAUCGGAUUCAUUUACCCGUGAUCCCAAUCGCCCCUCCAUGCUGGCAAAGGAUGGCAGUAGGCUCAAGGAAGUCUACGACAAAAAGGGGCCUAGUUCGUCGGAUUUUCGUCGCAUUUCCAAGCUGUACAAAUGUAGGUAGUGAUAUCGGAAUCUCGUGCGCCUGAUGUCAUUUCACAAAUAGUACAUUCCAUCAAAGAAGCCCAGAAUUGAUACGAACGUGCCUUUAAAAAGACGCCACAAGAAUAAAAAAACGGGAAUACGUGCAGAGAAGGAAAUGGCUAUCGGUAGAAAGACCUGCAGUACUUGUGGGCCUCACUCGGUGGUCGGCACCUGAACGAUAAGACGCGCUACCAAACAGUGCGAAUACAGUGUGAUUCGGUGUUUUAAUAGGCUACGAACACGCCUUCAAAGAAUAAAUGCUCUUGACUCGUCUG